AUGACCAGUCCAGAAAUCUCAGGGCUUGAAAAGCCGCCCAAGAAGCAAAUUCUGCUUAAUGCCUUUGACAUGUCAACAGUUGGCCACCUCUCGGCCGGGCAUUGGAAAAACCCGGCCGAUAGAUCGGCAACAAAGCGCAAGCUGCCAUACUGGGUCGAGUUGGCAAAACUUCUCGAAAGAGGCGGAAUCAGUGGCCUGUUCCUUGCCGAUACAAAUGGAGGAUUCGAUACCUAUGGCGGAAGCGUGGAGGAGAGCAUCAGAAGGGCUGUUCAGUGGCCAGUUACCGACCCAGCUAUACCCAUCACAGCCAUGGCGGCGGUGACUAAGAACCUCACAUUCGGUAUCACGGCGUCUACGUCUUUUGAGUCUCCUUUUGUUCUAGCAAAGCGACUUUCGACCCUGGAUCACAUGACAGAUGGGCGUGUUGGCUGGAAUAUUGUCACAUCGUGGAAGAAGUCUGCAUUCAACGCCAUUGGCAUGGACCCUAUUGAGCAUGAUCAGCGAUAUGCGCAGGCUGACGAGUAUAUGAGAAUAUUGUACAAACUAUGGGAAGGUUCAUGGGCUGAUGACGCGCUGCAGCCUGAUUCAACUGCAGACACAUAUAUCGAUCCAUCUAAAGUGCGCCAUAUCAAUCACCAGGGAAAGUAUUACAAACUUUCCACCCGCCACAUUGUAGAUCCUUCCCCCCAGCGAACCCCGUUCUUGUUCCAGGCGGGCUCGUCAGCUGAAGGUAUCGAUUUCGCAGCCACACACGCAGAGGGCAUUUUCGUCUCGUCACCUUCACCUGAGUUAUUACGCGUUCAGAUUGAGAAGAAUCGUAAAAUUGCGGCCGAAAAAGGGCGCGACCCACGCUCCUUGAAGUUCUACCUCUCCUUUACACCCAUUCUGGGCGUAACGGACGAGGAAGCCCAGGCCAAGUUUCAGGAGCUCAAGAAGAACGCGAGCCCCAUUGGCGGCUUGGUCCUUUUCAGCGGAUGGACUCGCAUCGACACGGCUAAACUCCCCCUCGAUGAGGAUAUCAUCAAGGUUGACUCGGACGAGGCCAGGAAGCUGUGCAACAUUUUCAAGCCCACAGUCGAGACGCCUAUAUGGACGCCUCGUCUCAUCGGCGAAAAAGCUGCCAUGAGUGCCAUCUCCCCCUCUGCUGUAGGGUCUCCGACCACCGUGGCGGAUGUAAUGGAGAGGUGGAUCGAGAUCGCUGAUCUAGACGGAUUCAAUCUCGGAUACGUCACGUCGCCGGGUUCAUUUGAAGAUGUCGUGGAACUGCUUGUACCCGAGCUUCGGAGACGCGGCAUCUAUCCCAAGGUCAUUGAGUCCGGGUUGACGGCACGGGAGCGCGUCUAUGGAAAGGGUCAAUCUCGAUUGAGGGAUGACCAUGCCGGCAGCAAGUAUAAGUAUGAGGUAUACCAGGAGGAUGAGCCAUACUUUGAAGGCGGUCGGUCAGGAGAAUUGGACGAAUAG